UGGGUUUGAACAACACUGUAACAAACAGAUCAGACUGAGCCACAGAGCUGCCAGACACUCAGGGGCACAGGGCUUCACUUCUGGGGUCAAAAGAAGACUGGACAAAGGAGACGAGGCGAUGGACGGAUACGACACAACCAAAAUCACGUUAGAUGUUUCUGAUCUGCUCAUGUUUGACGAGUAUAACGACACAUAUGCUUCAGGGUCCAACCUGGAUGCAGAGUACACGUGCGACAACGACUCCCCCCUCGGCCUUGCCAGCAUUGAGCGCUUCCGCACCAUCUUCCUACCUGUGGUCAAUACCAUCGUCUUCCUGACAGGGGUGUGCGGGAACGGGCUGGUGCUGGUCAUCCUGAAGCGUAACAGGCGCUCCCUGGGCGUCACCGAGCUCUACCUCCUUCACCUGGCUCUGGCAGACCUCCUGCUCCUGCUGGUGUUCCCCUUCUCCCUGGUCCAGGCCCUGGGGGGCUGGGUCUUCGGCCCCUUCCUGUGCAAGGUCGUGGGCGUGGUCUACAAGCUCAACUUCUACUGCGGUGGCCUGCUGCUGGGCUGCAUCGGGUUCGACCGCUACCUGGCCGUGGUGCACGCCGUGAAGAGGUGCCGUGGGCGGCAGGCUCACACUGUGCACCUGAUCUGCGGUGCGGUCUGGCUGCUCUGCUUCUGCUUCUCCGUGCCCAAUGCAGCUUUCCUCUCGGUCUCCCCCGCGGGCUACAACAACAGCAGCGACCAGCUAUCCUGCAGCUUCACCAGCUACGGCACCCACGGCUACAACUGGGACAUCGCCAGCCGAUUCCUGGCCCACAUCUUGGGAUUCUUCCUGCCCCUGGCCGCCAUGGUGUACUGCUACUCCGCCAUCGUGGCGACGCUGUGCCGCAGCCAGCAGAGCUUCGACAAGCACCGCGCCAUCCGGCUGGCGCUGCUCGUCACCGGGGUCUUCGGCCUCUGCUGGCUGCCCUACAACGUCGCCCUGUUCCUGCAGACCCUGGUGGUGCUGGGCGUGGUUCAGGAGAAGAGCUGCUCCUUCCGCGGCGCGCUGAGCCACGCGGUGACGGUAACGGAGAGCGUCGGGUACAUGCACUGCUGUCUCAACCCCAUCCUCUACGCCUUCGUGGGAGUGAGGUUCCGCCAGGACCUGCUCAGACUGCUCAGGGAUGUGGGCUGCCUGAGAGCGGAGCGGGCCGAGUCACUGAGCCAGCUGGGACGGACGCGCAUGUCCUACUCCGAGGGAGCGAGCACCAGCACCACCGCAGGAUACAACUUUUAGGAAGGGGGUGUGGGGGGUUGUAUAGAGAAACUACCAGGCUUGCAGAACUACACGAGUCCUGUGUUACAUGCUGGAAAACAAAAAAUACAAAAACUGUACAAAUAUGCUCCAUACACAAUUCAGAUUGAUAUAUUAGUUAUUUCUUCAGCUGAGAUCAUUAUACAUCAGAAACAGAUGUUUAGAUGUGUCAGUGCUCAAGUUGAUUCAAUAGGAUGAUGACGGGAUAGUCUUUAGCUGUGGCAGCUCCUGUAGAAGCUAGCUUACCUGCAGCAAAUAUCAUAACAGAGGCUUGCAAUAGGGGCUUAGCUGCAGCAAAUAGAGGCUUGCAAUAGGGACUGUAGAUGGAAAUGUUUGCCUAUAAGUGGCAACUAAAAAAUUCUUUAAUAUUAGGGGUCUCACCUUUGAUGGAACGACCAUGCAUUUGCAGAAAUUAACUUGUCUGCUGCCACAAUCUUACUUUCCCCAUGUGUACCAAAUGCAACGUUGGCCCACAUGUACAACUUAAAAUCGUUUUUUUUUUUCUUAAUUAUUUUAAUGUGAAAAAAUAACAGCGUGGAACAGAAUUAAAUUACUAGGGGAAAAAAAAACUCUCAUCUUGUCCUUUAAAACUUAAUUAGCAUAUUUAGAAUCACUUGGUCUUAUAAUAAAUACCCAACGUCCUGCAUGCCAGUUCUGAAUGCCUGUGGUUGCAGUGUGGUUAGAAUCCACAUGAUUAGUGUUCGGUGCAAUGCUGCAUCCCUUAUUUAACAACGCAUUAGUCCUUGUGUUGGAUUCAUGUUAAUCCUUUUUGAAUAAAUAUUGAAUGCUUA